CCCCGCAGCCGCAGCCGUCGCCCUCCCGCCAGCGCCACUCCACGCUGCUGGACGCCUUCCGCCCCCGCAGCAAGUCCGACGCCGGCGGCCACAAGACGCCGCGCCGCCCCGGCGCCAACAUAAUCUCACACAUGAAGAGCGCCGUGCAGCACUCGCUGAUGUCGCCAAGCUCGAGUGGGGGCAGCAGCAAGACCUCGGACUCGUCAUCGACAUCAAAGUCCGAGGGCAGCAGUGGUGGGGGCGGUGACCACGGGCACAGCGGCAGCCACGGACACAGCAGUAGCAGCGGCAGCGGCAGGCCGCGCGCCGGCUCCGACAGCAACACCAGCCGCGGGCCCGUCUCCAAGGUGAUGGACAUGUUCAGACAUCGAUCGCAUUCAGCCGUCUCGGCCGAGGACAAGAGGAAAGCGAGGGCGGCCGCUCACCACCACCACCAGGUCGCCGCGCAGAGUGCGCUGUUGCGGCGCAGCUCGCUGGACCCGGUGGAGCGGCGCCGAUUGUCGCUGGGCCCGUCUACGUCCUCGUCGUCGGAGCGUCCGCCCAGCUCCCAGCAGCCGCACCGCGCGGCCGACGCGCAUCUCGACCCUCACCACGCGGCCAUACUCUUCAGGGACUCCAGGGGUUUGCCGGUUGCCGAUCCGUUCCUGGAGAAGGUCAACAUCCAGGAUCUUGAGGAGGACGAGGCGCAGAUCUUCGUCAAGUUCUUCCGCUUCCACAAGUGCUACGACCUGAUCCCCACCAGCGCCAAGCUGGUCGUCUUUGACACGCAGCUGCUCGUCAAGAAGGCAUUCUUCGCGCUCGUCUACAACGGCGUGCGCGCAGCCCCCCUGUGGGACAGCAAGCGGCAAGAGUUCGUGGGCAUGCUGACCAUCACCGACUUCAUCAAGAUCCUGCAGAUGUACUACACCUCGCCCUCCGCCGCCAUCGGCGAGCUCGAGGAGCAUAAGCUGGACACCUGGAGAGAGGUGCUGAAGGACCAGGUGAAGCCGCUGGUGCACAUCGGCCCGGACGAGUCCCUGUACGACGCCAUCGCGACGCUCAUCCGCAACCGCAUCCACAGGCUGCCCGUCAUCGACCCGGCCACCGGCGACGUCCUCUACAUACUCACCCACAAGCGCAUUCUGCGCUUCCUCUACCUCUACAUCAACGACCUGCCGAAGCCGAGCUACAUGAACAAGACGCUGCGCGAACUGCAGAUCGGCACCUACGCGGACAUCGAGAUGGCGCGCGAGGAUACGUCCAUCAUCGAAGCACUUCACAAGUUCGUGGGGCGGCGCGUCUCCGCCCUGCCCAUUGUUGACGAGCAGGGCCGACUCACCGACAUCUACGCCAAGUUUGACGUCAUCAACCUGGCAGCAGAAAAGACGUACAACAACCUGGACGUGUCACUGCGCGAGGCAAACGAGCACCGCAACGAGUGGUUCGAGGGCGUCCACAAGUGUCGACUGGACGAGACGUUGGCCACCGUCAUGGAAAGGAUAGUGCGUGCCGAGGUGCACAGGCUGGUGGUGGUGGACGAGGAGGACAAGGUCAUUGGCAUCAUCUCUCUGUCCGACCUGCUGCUCUUCCUGGUGCUGCGGCCCUGCGGAGAGGAGAUUGCGGCGGGCAUGAGCGGCACGUCGCUGCGGCAGCACCAACACCAACUCCAGCAGUCGUCGUCGGCCGCGUCGACGUCAGAGGCCUCCAUACCGGAGGAAGACGACUGCAGCGGUGGCCUCGGUUCGGACGAUGCUACUCCGGCAACCACGUCUGGUGCAGAAGAGGAGGGUGGCGGUGGGGGCAGCGAGGUCUCCGACACCCCUCCUCCGGCACCCACGCCUGCGGCAGUGACGGCCUCUGCCGGCUGGAGGGAGGUCACCGUCUCCGGUGGGGAGUGAAGGGGAGCUCCGUAGCCCACCUGCCGCACGUCUCGCCGGUCGGUCCGUGGCGAGUCAUUCGCGUGCCGGGCACUCCGCCGGUGGCUGACACCUCGUUCGGAUUCUCCGCAUCCGAAUCGGGACGCAGUGCCGGGCCGACUCGCAGCCCUGGAAAAUUUCUCGUCGAACUGAGUGUGUUUUGUCAGAACUGGGUCUACACUGACGGACAGCGGGAGUGGAGACUCGGGUUCUCAGCCACGGGUGACAGGCGAGAACUGUGGCACGGACUGAACACCUCCGAAGAUUUGUAGGUUGCGCAUUAAGUUUCCCAUUCUUAGCGGGUAGCUGACUGUGCAUUCACUCGUAGCGAGUGCCAGCGAUGCCCCUACUGCAGUGGAGAACAGUGCGGCCUCUUUGUGUACACCAGUCGCUGCCCUGGGGUGUCGUCGGAGCUGAGGAGCAGCUACAGUCGGAGUAGAGGUCAAACCCCAAAAAUUGCCACACGGACUCGGUGACACUAAAACCGCCACGUGAUACCGGGUGAGGGGGCGGACGUGUACAACUGGAAUUUCACCGGUACCUCAGGAUCUCUUGUACAAACACUAGCUUAAUUCUGUACCUUAGCUCUGCACGUCUUUUUUGCCCACUGUACCGAAUUGGCAAGAGACGUGUAAUACGUCACUUUUCUCCACGAGGCUUCGCAUCUGUGGCUGGAGUGUGUCGGACGUACGCUGCGCCCGCGGAAGUCGCCGACCCCGGCCGAGCGAUUCUGACACGAGACUGAUCCUCGUCCUCUUUCGGAGCCAGCCGAAUUGUGCAGGGAGCUGCUCUCUCCCCACAAUAAAAACAUCUGCUCGAGUAUCGGACAGAUCUGUUGUCCUCUUUGGAAAAUGACGCUUAUCUACCCGGUCUGACAUUGCAAUUUUUCGAAAUCGAUUUACCGGUAGCAACUACAAAGUUCACCACGGUGUAAGACAAACUGCGUAUUGGCAUCACUGUCACAUUCUGCACAGGUUCGUCUUUUGCGGUCAUCGACUAUUUUUUGGUCCGUUCGUAUUGGCGUGAGGCGAAAAAUAUUGUUGCAGUGCGCUGUACUUUAUAAUUCUCCCUUUAAUCGCAAACAAUUCUCUUUGUUACUAUAUUCCGUUCUAGACUUUAUUGUGUGGGGAGCAGUUCCCUUAAAAAUGUGAUUAAAAAUAAAUUAAAAGUGGGAAAUUAAUUUUCCUGGUAGUUUUUUUAGGCUGGCCUCACAUGUUGCAUUAUUAUGGUAGUUUAAUUUUUCUGUCAAAAAAAGAGUUUAUUUUUCAAGCAGUUGUUUCCGUAAGAGCAAGCGUAAUGUGUUUUUGAUGUAGUCCGUGCUCUGGUUUGCAGAAUAUAAGUACCUGUGUGUGUGUGUGUGUGUGUGUGUGUGUGUGUGUGUGUGUGUGUGUGCUCUAAUAUUGAAGUCUGUAUAGAAAAAAUUAAAUUUUGUAGUUUGUAGCUCCAGGCAGUGUUUAUCAACAUACCUGGCGGCAAUACACUUGUGUACGCUAAAAAACAAAUCUGUAUAUAGUCUCACUCGAUUGUUAGAAGUAGUUAGUGUGUAAGGUUAGGCAGGGGGCCCAGGGUUCUCACAAAGCAGAACUUUGCGCUUAUCGCUUGCUGCCGUCUGUCGGGGCGUGACAGGUCUUUCGCUGUCCGUAUUAUUUUGGAAAGUUUUUCAGUGUUCCAGCUGCACUUGAUACCUGGCCCGUGCUCAGGGAAGUUUAACGAGGAAUGUGGGUGUGUAACACGGAAGGUAGUUAGUCUCUCAUUUUUCCGUAAUCCACCGUAUACUGUGGUGGCGCCUUUGCCGUCUAGGCAGAGAUUUUAGCAUUGUAUGUUAAUUUUAAGGCAAAAUUGUCACCUCGAGUCUUAUUGUGUUCACACAUUUUCAGUGUGUUUCUUAAUGAUUUCUUUUAAAAGUGCUGCUCUAUCUACCACUGCUCGAUACCAGCAAUGGCAGUUACGUGCAUAUGUUACAAAAGGCUAUCUUGUAAGUUUAUUGUAUGUGGAGUCCUGUGUUAUUGUACAAUUCUCAUAUAUUGCUUUGAGCAGGGAAUAACAAAAAAUCUAAAUUCCUGUUACAUUUGUGACUGCACAAUAGUGAGGGGGAAAAUGUGAUGCGGAAGGGAAAAAAGUGCUUAAUUCGGUGUACAUUUGUGAUUAGAUUGUGGAGGAAAAGCGUGUGAUGGGGCACAAGAGUCCUUUUGCAAUGUAUGUUGCUGUUGAUUUGAAAGGAAGUCAUUUGUCAUUAACAGCGCAGUUGGUGCAGAGAGACAGAAUAUGUAAUGUAUUGUGCAUAUAUAGUGUGUGUGUGUGUGUGUGUGUGUGUGUGUGUGUGUGUGUGUGUGUGUGUUUUUGUGCCAUCGGCAUUAUCGUUGAUAAUUAUUUAUUUUAUUAUGAAAUAUCGAGCAGUGAGGCUGUUUUCCCAUGUUGAUGGUAGUGAAGAUGAGUCUUGACAAAAUGUAAGCUGGCAUUAAUAAGAUUAUUGUAGCUGUAGUGAACCACGCAUGUGAUAGUUGAAUAAUUAUUUUUAAGGACACCGAUUGCAAUAAGGUACUGUACAUUAACACGUGGACACAUUCGAGGCAGUGCGUGCUGUCGUAAGCUCGUGUGUGUCAAACUGAACUCCGAAGCUGGCACUUUUUGCACCGCUUCAGUUCUUGCGCUGUUUGCAUUGCCACAGUGGUACUUUGUGACGUGGAGUGGGGGGAGGAGGACGAAGAGCAGCCCACGCCGAGUCACGUGCGCGUCUGGAUCUCCGUACGCCACGGAUGAGACUGCGAGCAGCCCGGGAGCACUUUAUGGAAAUGCAGUGUGUCGCCUCUCAGGGCCUUUUCUUAAUUUUAUUUUUAGUGUUUGCCUCCUACGUUUGCGCAGAGUCGGGCACUGCUGAGCCACUAGUAACUAAAGUUGCCACAGCCCACUGCUGUUGUUUUCUGUAUUACUGAGGCCGAGGUGUAUACUGCCCGGUCAGAGAUAUGUGUAAUAAUAAACACUGCAGAAUUUUGAA